AUGGACGAAAGCGAGGAGAAACUGCCGUACGACGUCCUCGAAAUCAUCCUCUCUCGACUGCCGUCGAAAUCUCUGUUGAGAUUCAAAUCCGUAUGCAAGUCAUGGAACGCCACAAUCUCCGGCGAAAGAUUCGUCGGAAUUCAUCUCCAGCAAUCCCGACAAAGCUCCGGCAACCAAGACAUAUUCUUCUGGCGCGAGAAGCGAGGCUUUAAAUACGAAUCCCAAGUAAGGGUCACCGAAAUACCUCAACAUAUACAGACAAAGAUGAGACUCGAACAAUUGGAGCAUGAACAAAAACUCGAUCCGAGCGUGUUGUGCUAUUGCGACGGUUUAGCUCUUCGGCGAUACGGCAAACUUCUCCACAACCAGUACGUGCUAUGCAAUCUAUCCACCGGGACCCACGUCGAGUUCUACUGCCCUUACGACGAGAUAUUAUACAACUCGCAUCAAACGGUUUACGCAAUCUGCUACGAUCCGUCUAUUAAUGACUACAAGGUGAUAAUUAUCGACUACAAGCGCUACGCGGUUUACUACUGUCGAGCCAUGCGGUGGAGCGAGAUGAGAGAAACCCCGGAUGAAUUUUUGGGCGGCGGAUUAUUAAUUGGCAAAAGCGUGUCUUUGAACGGCUACUUGUUUUUUAUCCUCAAAAACGAGGAAGAUGACUGUUUUGGGAUCAAGAUAUUCGGGUUCGAUUCGGUCAACGAAAAGUUCAAGAGAUUUCCCGAGCCAACGUAUGUGAAAAGAAGAGGCGUGUUCAUGUACAUGACUUGUGUGGGGGGCUAUCUUUAUUUGUGCUUCGACAACAGCCGUUGUCAGAUGAUCAAAGUCGAAGGCGGCGGAGAAAAAGAAGAAGAGUUGGUGUGGUUCGAUUUCAACGGUAGGCCACCGAAUUCCGAGCGCGUCGAGUGCGAUAUGGCUUCAACUGUUCAAGAAGAUGUGAAUAUACUUUCCUUCCGCCGCAUUUAUAGAAUUAAAACGGGUUAUCAGCGAAUCCCGUAUCUGGAAAAUCUGUUUAUCAGCGAACCGGAAAAAGUGAUCAAGAAAGGGAGGUCCGAAAAUCAUCACCAGUUGUUGAUGAUUAAUUAA